CCGAGCCCACCUGACCCCGGGAGGGACGCUCCAGGAGACUCCAAGAGACUCCAGGACGCCCUCUUGCUGUCCACCAUGGACGAGACUGAUGUGGAACAGGUGACCCUGGCUCUGCUGGACGCGGCCACUGAUAAAGAUGCAGAGGUCCAGGAGCAGGUCAGGAAGUCUAUGUUGACUCUGGGAAAGCAGCAGCCAGACAGAGUGCUAGCCAUGUGCCAGGACUACCUGCUGAAACACCCGAAGCUGGUCGUAAGCCACCGAGUUGUGAUUCUUCAAACCAUUGAGCUGAUAGUUUGCUGCAGGAUAGAGGAGAUCAGCAGCGCCAGGAUCAAAAGCAUCAUCUCCCUGGCGUCGGACGAGAUGACGCGGUCAAAAGAUGUCGUUCCCGACUGGCAGCAGGCAGCCAGUAAUAUUCUGGUUGCCGUGGGUAACAAGUACAUCAAUGACAUCAUGGAGGAGAUUCUGAGCAAGUUCCAGCCGGGGCUCCUGCCUCACUUCUUCGUGGUCCAGACACUGGCCAACCUGUCGGACUCCAAUGUUUACGGCAUGGUGCCCUUCCUGAACGCUAUUCUGGGCACCAUGCUGCCCAUGCUGAGCAUGGCCAAGCAGGACAACAUGAAGUGGGUCUUCUCCUCUGCUCUGUGUCAUUUCAGCGACGGUAUCUUGGAGUACCUCGCCAACCUGGACAAGGCUCCAGACCCCACCGUGAGGAAGGACACGUUCUCCAGUGAAAUCUUUGCUGCUUUUGACAUCCUCUUCAAUAAUUGGUUACAAAGCAGGGAGUCCAAGUUGAGGCUCACGGUAGCCGAGGCCGUGGGCUCCAUGUGCCAUCUGAUGGCGAGUGAUAAGCUGGAGGAGCAGAUUCCUAAACUCAUUCCUGCCAUCUUGUCCCUGUACAAGAAAAACAACGAGCACUACAUCAUCAGCAAGAGUCUGUGCCUCGUGCUCGAUGCUUCGGUCAGUAUGGGCAGCAGGGUGCUGGAGACGCAACUGGACGGUCUACUCCUGGCACUGCAUCAACAGGUGUCGACCCCCGUGGAUUUCAGCAACCCGCCCACCGCCAAGAACCACAACGAGGUCCUGCGCUGCUUCAGCCUGCUCGCAAACUCCUUCCCAGACCGACUGAUCAUGUUUGUUCUCCAGAAGUUGGAGAACAGUAACGAGCGAAACCGGAUGGGCUCCCUGGCCGUCCUACGUCACCUCAUCAACUCCACGACAUCUACAAUGGAGAGUAAGAAGCUGCUGAUUCUGGCCAGCAUCAGACAGCCGAUGGCUGACCACAGCAACAAGGUCAAGAAGCGCGUGGUCCAGGUGAUCAGUGCGAUGGCUCAUCACGGCUACCUGGAGCUGGAGGGAGGGGAGCUGCUGGUUCUAUUCCUCGUGCAACACUGUGCCUUACCUGACACGCAGCGGCGAGGCCAGAAGCCCACCGAUCCGGAGGAGGUGACCAACGAGGCGCUGAGGACGAUGUGCGACAACACGCUGCACCUCCUGACCACCACUGUGGGGCGACUGGCUGAUGUGCUUUGGCCCAAGCUGCUGUACUUCCUGACGCCUUCCCAGUUCAACAACGCCACCGCUCCUCUGUGUAAGAGUCUGAUCGUUCUGGGCAACAAGAAGAAGACGAGCCAGGAGCCCAGCUUCAACAUAGACUUUGCACAGGAAGUCAAUCUGCCCUCCCCUCAAUUACUCUUGGUCCGACUGCUGUUGAAUGCCGCGUUCCCGUUCAGCUGCAGAGGUCAUGGAGCUCCGUCCCUCUCGCUCCUUCAAAUCCUGAGCGUCAACAUCCACCCCAAAACGGAGGCGCUGUGGGAGAAGGAGAUCCCUCCUCUGCUGUCCGUGCUAGAGGGGUCAACGACUGAGAGCCUGGAUAAGAAGCAGUGGGAUGAAAAGUUGCUGAAGCUCUUAUCCGACACCCUGACGACUGUCGAUGAUGACAAGUGGGCGUGCCAGUUGUCAGCCGAGGCAACAAGAUACCUCUCCACGUACAACAACGCCUUAGAGGAGAAAAGUUUCCUGUAUCGAUGUAUAGGAACGACUCUGCAGCGGUGUUGCAACAAGGAGCUGGUGAAGAAGCAGCUGCAGGAAAUCCUCCUCGCGGCGCGGCACAGCGACGCCGUCGAGAGAGAGGGCGUGGCGCUGGCCGUCGGGCUGUGUGCCAACAGCCACCUCGAGGCCACGCUGGCCAAGCUGGAGGAGUUCGGCAAGUCGGACGCCUUCAAGAAGUCGCCGAGCAUCUUCAACCUGCUCAAGGAGCGUAACGACGUGGAGGUCGAGAAGGUCAAGAGCACGCUGAUCUUGUGUUACGGUCAAGUGGCCUUCAACGCGCCUCCGGAGAAGAUUCUGACCCGCAUGGACCAGGACGUCCUGCGCUGCAUCAGUAAACACUUCAACACCAAGGUGAGGGAAGGAGCACGGCGCUUUACAGGAGGAAGGCGAAGGGGAGCCGCUUGUUUCUGUCUGGACUAUAAGGACGACGGUGUGGACAGUCUGCUGCCCCUCAAAGAGCGGCUGGAGAACCCGGACCAUUCGGUUCUCUACAGGACCUGCUCCGACCUCACCAAGGUGAUGAGUAAGCGCCUGCCUCAGGAGCAGCUGUCCACGCUGGUGUUCAUGUUGUUGGAGGGUCUCGCCGACAGCCAGGCAAACUGCUGCAGAGCCUCGUCCGUCAUCCUCAACACUCUGCUGAAGAACAGAGGGGGAGGACUGCACGAGCUGGUCCCAGAGAUCCUGGAGGCGCUGCAUGUGCGCCUGCAGAGCAUCACGGAGGAGCAGGUGAGGGUGGCCGUGGGGCAGACGGUGCUGAUCCUGGCUUCUCAGCACCUGGAGACCGUCAUCAAGGCGCUAGUGAACCAGCCACUUCCGUUUGACGGCUGGACCAGCGAGAUGUGGAUGGCCCUGGGAGCCGACCCCGUCGUGGCCAAUCGGAUCUUCGAGAUGGUGAUCGAGAAGCUUCUCGUCAUGGCGCCCUACGUCGACCAGAGGGAGUCGAUGAUCAGGGGAGGGACGAGGAAGGUGGCCACCUGCCAGCCGCUGGCUAUGACGUGUGGUCUCAAAGAGCUGUUGUUAAACGGCAACAGCCAGGAGGCGGCGGUCGGCAUGUUCCCUCAGCUCUUCUCCUGCCUCGCCGUCAGACUGGGAGCGAGUGUCGGGGUGUCGGCGCCGAGGGACGGCGGCACCAAACAGACGGCGUCCGUCCACGUGGCGGGGUGGGCGUCCUCUUGCUUCCGCACGAGCGGCACGUCGGUGGCGGCCGACGCUCUCCGCAUCCUGCUGGCGAGAGCCGAGCUGGACGAGGUGAUGAAGAGGCUGGACGAGGACAAGGCCUGGGACGCGAUGAAGGAGGCGGCGUCACACGCGACUGGAGUCACACUGCUGGCGAGGGCGAUGGCAAAGCAUGCUGGUCCGCGGCUGCCCGCCAUCGUGGAGUCUCUGUGCCCCUCCCUGAACAACAUCUACGAGUGCCAGAGGAUCACCGUCACCGCCUUCUUCUCUGAGCUCCUCAACCACCACGUGGUGACGGAGCUGAUGCUGAUCGACGUGCUGAUGAACAACAUGAUGGAGAGGAUCUCGGACCCCUGCUGCACCGUCCGCAUGCUGGCGGUCCGCGGGCUGGGCAACAUCGCCACGGGCUCCCCGGAGAAGGUGAACAAAUACGCCAAGGAGCUGCUGGCAGCCAUGAGCUCAGGCAUGGAGGAGAAGGACGACCCAGGUAAGCUGAUCACCCACGAGGCCAUGUCGGGUCUCUCCAAAGUGCUGCUGUACCUGGACAAGAAGAACGUCCACCUGCUGGUGGUCUACAUCUUCAUGAAGAUCAAACCCUUCCUGGAGAGUGAGAACGACGAGAUCCGCUGCGCCUCCAUCCUCCUCAUGGGGAACCUGUCCAAGUUCGGCUCGGGAGAACCGGUGUUCAAGGACCAGAUCCACAACGUGCUGGUCAGCCUGCUGCUGCACCUGGUGGACCCCAAGCCCGAGGUGGUCCGGGCGUGUAAGUAUUCGAUGAGGGUGUGUGCUCCGGUCGUGGGCUCAGAGAAGAUCACGGCCAUGUUCCAGAACCACCUGAAGGAGGAGAAGAGCCUCCACUACGGGGAGUUCAUCAACGACCUCACCAAGCACCUGAUUGAGGAUUUCCCAGGCAUGCUGAACUUCUACCACAUCUCAGUGAUCCAGUUCUUCAAGAGCAACUGGGCCGAGGUCCGAGCCGGAGCCGCCAUGUUCAUAGGGUUCCUGCUGGGGAAUCUUCCAGAGGAGCAUUUCUCCCACCUCAACACGGGCACCAUCACUAAAGGUCUAGUGAUGCUGCUGCAAGACCCAGACCCUGUGGUGAGAGUGAAGGCUGCUGAGGCCAUGGGACGUUUCCACUGACACACACACAGCAGCAGAACAAGAAUAUUUAGGAUGAGGCCCACAGUUUAUAAAACCGAUUUAAAUGUACAGUAUUCAAAUAUCUCAAAACUUUCAUCAAGACCAAAAAUGAGGACCAAAGAAGCCGAACUGUCACCAAAUGAUACACAACUAACACCCCUACGUAUCGCUAUGCACACACACACACACACACACAUAUAUUUGUAUAUUUAGCAGCUUUGUGGAGCUUCCUUUGACAUUACCUCUGGCACCUGAGAGGAAGCGUCUCCACGUCGGUGACCACAGACUGUGAUGCUCCACGCAGAGGGAGUGUGUGUGUAGUGUGUGUAGAGUGUGCGUGACCCGUCCACGAGAGUUUAUCAUGCAGCAGAACUUUUUAGAAUAAAUCUAGUUUCUUCAAAUAUUACGUGAAAAAGAUGAUAGUAAAGAGCAAUUUAGAGUGACAACACAUCCACAUGAGUGUGUGGGUGUCACCAGCAUUUCAUGAGUGUAAUUUAAAGAGGAUGGUUAGGA